UGUAAAAUAAUGGUACUUCUAUGAUAAUAAAAAUAAACAAACCAAAUUUGACAGUAACAAAUAAACACAUAAAAUUAAAGCCUAUGCAUAUCCGUAGGGUAGCAGCACAUGUGCUCAUUAGGCAGCUACAAGGUGCAGGUUGACGAGAGCCAAGUAGCAGCAGCAGGGCUGUCUGUGUACUUGUCAGGUAUGUGGGAAGCAACAGUCGCUAUUACCAGUGUGGGUUCCACAUGAGGAUUACUAAAAGGUCUCCAAUGACCCAGAUCCAGCCUUAAUGAGCAUGCAGAUGCACAAGAUGUCAGCCAGAUCCUUUCUAUGUAAUCCUGAGUUCUGCUGAAAAGUUAGAGAAAAGUGAGGAAGGUGCAAGGUUAAAUCCAAUUGGCGAAAAUAUGCAUGUAAGUAGUUCCAGUAAAGUUCAGUGAAGACAUAGCUUCCUCUUGGUUUCAACCCCAAGGAAGCAAGUGCCUAUGGGAUGGGUAAUGACUGGUCCAGGUCACACACAGAGGGUAACUUCUCUUACUUAAGUGUCCACAGACUUUAAAUUCAUGGUACUGGAUAGGGCAGAAAAUGAGUGUGACCUGUGGACAGAGAAGGCUUGCAAAGGAGAGAAGGGCUGGUGCAAAAAAAAAAAAAAAAAAAAAAAAAAAAAGUUAUAUCCCAGUGAGAGAAAUCCCAGCAGCACUCCCUCAAAGGCUUCCCCCUCCAGGAAGGAAAGCCAGGUGGUGCCAGAAACAAAACAGAGAAGCCCAGCCUGGGAAUGACUUAGGAAUGAGGAUACCCAGUCAGGAGGGUACCCAGUCAGGCUCAGAGGUCCUGAUGGCAAGAUUAGAAGAUCCCUGUGUAUCUCGGGUAACUGUGGCUACAGGCUGAGUUACCAGAAAGAAGAUCUCAGCUCAGCAGGAAAAAUGCUUGCUUGGUAGUAAAUAAACAGUUUGUAAAGUCACUUCUAUCCAGCUACAACACCAUCUUCUUUUCACGCUGAAAUGAUCCACAGAUGGUGAAGACGUUCACGACGUUGUUGAUGGCUAUGAGGUAGGCCUGUUGGCCAUAUUUUGUAGGUGGAGGGUGGGAGUCCCCAAGAGGGCCCUCUACUUGCCCAGCCUGGUCCUGCUGGAACUGGGGGAGAUGGGGUGAAUGUAGGUCUGCAAUGUAGGUCCUGGGUCUGCGAGGUAGGUUUCUUUUCCCCUUUUUCUUAUGGGAGUGAGUGAACACGUUACUGUAAGGAUGGAAGCAAGUUCUGGAGGAUUCCUCCAGCUUGCUUUUAGGCUGAGUGUGUGCACCCAGGGCUGGGCUUGGGAGUAGAUGACAGCUGGAGCCCCUGCCUCCUACCUGGAGGUUCUCUGACUAUGCUGAGAGGAAGACAGCACACAGCCAGGUGCCUUGCUUGAAGCAAAUUCCUGGAGAGUGAUGAACAGAGUGGGGGAGGAGGCUGCCAGGAGCCAGGGGCUGGGAGUAGGGUCUCAUCUCGGGGGCAGGAGGAGAGAGGCUUGGAGAGAUAAGCAGAGCAGGAAUGAUGUGAGCAAACAGUGUUUGUGAAAGAAAGAUGAUUCUCACCAAGCGCUGUGCCGGGGCGGGGGACACCCAGGAGACCUGCGUGGAGGCUUUUGAAGGCGCAGACACAAGGGUCUGGGCAGUCGAGACCCGCACGGCAGGCAAUCCCGGGGACAGACAACUCUCCCACUCGGCCCUGCGCGCGGCGAGGACCCCGUCCGUGCAUGCGGAGGAGCGCGGGCGCGAGGCCAUGGACGUGAAGGAGAGGAAGCCGUACCGCUCGCUGACCCGGCGCCGCGACGCCGAGCGCCGCUACACCAGCUCGUCCGCGGACAGCGAGGAGGGCAAGGCCCCGCAGAAGUCCUACAGCUCCAGCGAGACCCUGAAGGCCUAUGACCAGGACGCCCGCCUGGCCUACGGCAGCCGCGUCAAGGACCUGGUGCCGCAGGAGGCCGAGGAGUUCUGCCGCGCAGGUACCAACUUCACCCUGCGUGAACUGGGGCUAGGAGAGGUGACGCCUCCUCAUGGGACUCUGUACAGAACUGAUAUUGGCCUCCCCCACUGUGGCUACUCCAUGGGGGCCAGCUCCGAUGCUGACAUGGAGGUCGACACCGUGCUGUCCCCAGAGCACCCUGUGCGCCUGUGGGCCCGGAGCACCCGGUCGGGGCGCAGCUCCUGCCUUUCCAGCCGGGCCAACUCCAACCUCACACUCACCGACACGGAGCACGAGAACACUGAGACUGGUGCUCCCUUGCAUUGUUCAUCCGCUUCAUCAACCCCUAUUGAGCGGUCCCCCUCCCCGCCCCCCUCCCCUCCGGCCAAUGAGAGCCAGAGGCGGUUGCUAGGCAACGGUGUGGCCCAGCCAACCCCGGACUCAGACUCUGAAGAAGAGUUUGUCCCUAAUUCAUUCUUAGUUAAAAGUGGCUCCGCCAGCCUGGGGGUCGCGGCGAACGAUCACCUGGGCGGCCUGCAGAACCACUCGCGGCUCCGGACCCCGCCGCCACCGCUCUCACACGCCCACACCCCCAGCCAGCACCACGCGGCCUCCAUUAACUCCCUGAACCGGGGCAACUUCACCCCGAGGAGCAACCCCAGCCCGGCCCCCACCGACCCCUCGCUCUCCGGAGAGCCCCCCGCCGGUGGAGCCCCGGAGCCGGCCCACGCCCAGGACAACUGGCUGCUCAACAGCAACAUCCCGCUGGAGACCAGAAACCUAGGCAAGCAGCCAUUCCUAGGGACAUUGCAGGACAACCUCAUUGAGAUGGACAUUCUCAGCGCCUCCCGCCAUGAUGGGGCUUACAGUGACGGGCACUUCCUCUUCAAGCCAGGAGGCACCUCCCCGCUCUUCUGUACCACCUCCCCAGGGUACCCGCUGACCUCCAGCACAGUGUACUCCCCUCCGCCCCGACCCCUGCCACGCAGCACCUUCGCUCGGCCAGCCUUCAACCUCAAGAAACCUUCCAAGUACUGUAACUGGAAGUGCGCGGCCCUGAGUGCCAUCGUCAUCUCUGCCACGCUGGUCAUCCUGCUGGCUUACUUUGUGGCCAUGCACCUGUUUGGCCUAAACUGGCACCUGCAGCCGAUGGAGGGGCAGAUGUAUGAGAUCACGGAGGACACAGCCAGCAGUUGGCCUGUGCCAACGGACGUCUCCCUGUAUCCCUCAGGGGGCACUGGGUUAGAGAUCCCUGACAGGAAAGGCAAAGGAGCCACAGAAGGAAAGCCCAGUAGUUUCUUUCCUGAGGACAGUUUUAUAGACUCUGGAGAAAUCGACGUGGGGAGGCGAGCUUCCCAGAAGAUUCCUCCUGGCACUUUCUGGAGAUCUCAGGUGUUCAUAGACCACCCAGUGCAUCUGAAAUUCAAUGUGUCUCUGGGAAAAGCGGCUCUAGUUGGCAUUUAUGGCAGAAAAGGCCUUCCUCCUUCUCAUACACAGUUUGACUUUGUGGAGCUGCUGGAUGGAAGGAGGCUGCUGACCCAGGAGGCACGGAGCCUGGAGGGACCCCAGCGCCAGUCUCGGGGGGUCGUUCCCCCUUCUAGCCACGAGACAGGCUUCAUCCAGUAUUUGGAUUCAGGAAUCUGGCACCUGGCCUUUUAUAAUGACGGGAAGGAGUCCGAAGUGGUUUCUUUUCUCACCACUGCCAUUGAAUCGGUGGAUAACUGCCCCAGCAACUGCUUCGGUAACGGAGACUGCAUCUCGGGGACCUGCCACUGCUUCCUGGGCUUCCUGGGCCCCGACUGCGGCAGAGCCUCCUGCCCCGUGCUCUGUAGUGGGAAUGGCCAGUACAUGAAGGGCCGGUGCCUGUGCCACAGCGGCUGGAAGGGCGCUGAGUGCGACGUGCCCACCAACCAGUGCAUCGACGUGGCCUGCAGCAACCAUGGCACCUGCAUCAUGGGCACCUGCAUCUGCAACCCUGGCUACAAGGGCGAGAGCUGCGAGGAAGUGGACUGCAUGGACCCCACGUGCUCCGGCCGCGGUGUCUGCGUGCGAGGCGAAUGCCACUGCUCUGUGGGAUGGGGCGGCACCAACUGCGAGACACCCAGGGCCACCUGCUUGGACCAGUGCUCAGGACAUGGAACCUUCCUCCCAGACACUGGGCUGUGCAGCUGUGACCCAAGCUGGACGGGACACGACUGUUCUAUUGAGAUCUGUGCUGCCGACUGUGGUGGCCACGGCGUCUGUGGGGGCGCCUGCCGCUGCGAGGACGGCUGGAUGGGGGCGGCCUGCGACCAGAGGGCCUGCCACCCGCGCUGCGCCGAGCACGGGACCUGCCGCGACGGGAAGUGCGAGUGCAGCCCUGGCUGGAACGGCGAGCACUGCACCAUCGAGGGUUGUCCUGGCCUGUGCAAUGGUAAUGGCAGAUGCACCUUGGAUCUGAAUGGAUGGCACUGCGUCUGCCAGCUGGGCUGGAGAGGAGCUGGCUGUGACACAUCCAUGGAAACCGCCUGUGGUGACAGCAAAGACAACGAUGGAGAUGGCUUGGUGGACUGCAUGGAUCCUGACUGCUGCCUCCAGCCCCUCUGCCACAUCAACCCUCUGUGCCUGGGCUCUCCCGACCCGCUGGACAUCAUCCAGGAGACACAGGCCCCCGUGUCCCAGCAGAGCCUGCACUCUUUCUAUGACCGCAUCAAGUUCCUGGUGGGCAGGGACAGCACACACAUCAUCCCCGGCGAGAACCCCUUUGAUGGAGGGCAUGCAUGCGUUAUCCGUGGCCAAGUGAUGACAUCAGAUGGGACCCCACUGGUUGGUGUGAACAUUAGUUUCGUCAAUAACCCUCUCUUUGGAUACACCAUCAGCAGGCAAGAUGGCAGCUUUGACUUGGUCACCAACGGCGGAGUCUCUGUCACCCUGCGGUUCGAGCGGGCGCCUUUCCUCACGCAGGAGCACACCCUCUGGCUGCCCUGGGAUCGCUUCUUCGUCAUGGAAACCAUCGUCAUGCGACAUGAGGAGAAUGAGAUCCCCAGCUGUGACCUGAGCAACUUCGCACGGCCCAACCCAGUCGUGUCUCCAUCCCCACUGACGGCCUUCGCCAGCUCCUGUGCAGAGAAAGGACCCAUCGUUCCAGAAAUUCAGGCUUUGCAGGAGGAAAUCACCAUCUCUGGCUGCAAGAUGAGGCUGAGCUACCUGAGCAGUCGUACCCCUGGCUACAAGUCUGUCCUGAGAAUCAGCCUCACCCACCCCACCAUCCCCUUCAACCUCAUGAAGGUCCACCUCAUGGUGGCGGUCGAGGGCCGGCUCUUCAGGAAGUGGUUUGCGGCAGCCCCAGACCUGUCCUAUUAUUUCAUCUGGGACAAGACAGACGUCUACAACCAGAAGGUGUUUGGGCUCUCAGAAGCCUUUGUUUCCGUGGGUUAUGAGUAUGAAUCCUGCCCAGAUCUGAUCCUGUGGGAAAAAAGAACAGCUGUGCUACAGGGCUAUGAAAUUGAUGCUUCCAAGCUGGGAGGAUGGAGCCUAGACAAACAUCAUGCCCUCAACAUCCAAAGUGGCAUCCUGCACAAAGGAAAUGGGGAGAACCAGUUUGUGUCUCAGCAGCCCCCUGUCAUCGGGAGCAUCAUGGGCAAUGGACGCCGGAGAAGCAUCUCCUGCCCCAGCUGCAAUGGCCUCGCUGACGGGAACAAGCUCCUGGCGCCCGUGGCCCUCACGUGUGGCUCCGAUGGGAGCCUCUAUGUGGGGGAUUUCAACUACAUCCGAAGGAUCUUCCCCUCUGGGAACGUCACCAACAUCCUGGAGCUGAGUCACAGUCCAGCACAUAAAUAUUACCUGACCACAGACCCCAUGACGGGGGCCGUCUUCCUUUCUGACACCAAUAGCCGACGGGUCUUUAAGAUCAAGUCCACAGUGGUGGUGAAGGACCUUGUCAAGAACUCCGAGGUGGUCGCAGGAACAGGUGACCAGUGCCUCCCCUUCGAUGACACUCGCUGUGGUGAUGGUGGGAAGGCCACAGAAGCCACACUCACCAACCCCCGGGGCAUCACGGUGGACAAGUCUGGGCUCAUUUACUUUGUGGAUGGCACAAUGAUCAGGCGCAUUGAUCAGAACGGAGUCAUCUCCACCUUGCUGGGCUCCAAUGACCUCACCUCAGCCCGGCCCCUCAGCUGCGAUUCUGUCAUGGAUAUUUCUCAGGUUCGCCUGGAGUGGCCCACAGACUUAGCCAUCAACCCAAUGGACAACUCCCUUUACGUCCUGGACAAUAAUGUGGUCCUGCAGAUCUCUGAAAACCACCAAGUGCGCAUUGUUGCUGGCAGGCCCAUGCACUGCCAGGUCCCUGGCAUCGACCACUUUCUGCUGAGCAAGGUGGCCAUCCAUGCAACCUUGGAGUCAGCCACCGCUUUGGCUGUCUCUCACAACGGGGUCCUGUAUAUCGCUGAGACGGAUGAGAAGAAGAUCAACCGCAUCAGGCAGGUCACCACUAACGGGGAGAUCUCACUCGUUGCUGGAGCCCCCAGUGGUUGUGACUGUAAAAAUGAUGCCAACUGUGAUUGUUUCUCUGGAGAUGAUGGAUAUGCCAAGGAUGCAAAGUUGAAUACCCCGUCCUCCUUGGCUGUGUGUGCUGACGGGGAGCUCUAUGUGGCGGACCUUGGGAAUAUCCGAAUUCGGUUUAUCCGGAAGAACAAGCCUUUCCUCAAUACCCAGAAUAUGUAUGAACUGUCCUCGCCAAUCGACCAGGAACUCUACCUGUUUGAUACCAGUGGCAAGCACCUGUACACCCAAAGCCUGCCCACAGGUGAUUACCUGUACAACUUCACCUACACGGGGGACGGUGACGUCACACUCAUCACAGACAACAAUGGCAACAUGGUGAAUGUCCGCCGCGACUCUACCGGGAUGCCCCUCUGGCUGGUGGUCCCAGAUGGCCAGGUGUACUGGGUGACCAUGGGCACUAACAGUGCACUCAAGAGUGUGACUACACAAGGACAUGAGCUGGCCAUGAUGACAUACCAUGGCAACUCUGGCCUUCUGGCAACCAAAAGCAAUGAAAAUGGAUGGACGACAUUUUAUGAGUACGACAGCUUUGGCCGCCUGACAAAUGUGACCUUCCCUACUGGCCAGGUGAGCAGCUUCCGAAGUGACACAGACAGCUCAGUGCAUGUCCAGGUAGAGACCUCCAGCAAGGACGACGUCACCAUUACCACCAACCUGUCUGCCUCAGGCGCCUUCUAUACCCUGCUGCAAGACCAGGUCCGCAACAGCUACUACAUUGGGGCCGAUGGCUCCCUGCGGCUGCUGCUGGCCAAUGGAAUGGAGGUGGCGCUGCAAACCGAGCCCCACCUGCUGGCGGGCACCGUCAACCCCACCGUGGGCAAGAGGAACGUCACGCUACCCAUUGACAACGGCCUCAACCUGGUGGAGUGGCGGCAACGCAAGGAGCAGGCUCGGGGCCAGGUCACCGUCUUCGGGCGCCGGCUGCGGGUGCACAACAGAAACCUCCUGUCCCUGGACUUUGACCGUGUGACACGCACGGAGAAGAUCUAUGAUGACCACCGCAAGUUCACCCUGCGGAUCCUGUAUGACCAGGCAGGGCGGCCCAGCCUCUGGUCCCCCAGCAGCAGGUUGAAUGGUGUCAACGUGACCUACUCUCCAGGGGGGCACAUUGCGGGCAUACAAAGGGGCAUCAUGUCCGAAAGGAUGGAGUAUGACCAGGCGGGCCGCAUCACAUCCAGGAUCUUCGCUGAUGGGAAGACAUGGAGCUACACGUACUUAGAGAAGUCCAUGGUGCUGCUCCUCCACAGCCAGAGGCAGUAUAUCUUUGAGUUUGACAAAAACGACCGCCUCUCAUCCGUGACAAUGCCCAACGUGGCCCGGCAGACCCUGGAGACCAUCCGCUCAGUGGGCUACUACAGGAACAUCUACCAGCCCCCCGAGGGCAAUGCCUCGGUCAUCCAGGACUUCACUGAGGACGGGCACCUCCUCCACACCUUCUACUUGGGCACUGGCCGUAGGGUGAUCUACAAGUAUGGCAAGUUGUCCAAGCUGGCCGAAAUGCUGUACGACACCACAAAGGUGAGCUUCACUUACGACGAGACCGCGGGCAUGCUGAAGACCAUCAACCUGCAGAACGAGGGCUUCACCUGCACCAUCCGCUACCGUCAGAUCGGGCCCCUGAUUGACCGGCAGAUCUUCCGCUUCACCGAGGAAGGCAUGGUCAAUGCGCGCUUUGACUACAACUAUGACAACAGUUUCCGCGUGACCAGCAUGCAGGCCGUGAUCAAUGAGACUCCGCUGCCCAUCGAUCUCUAUCGCUAUGACGACGUGUCAGGCAAGACAGAGCAGUUUGGAAAGUUUGGUGUCAUCUACUAUGACAUUAACCAGAUCAUCACCACUGCUGUCAUGACCCACACGAAGCACUUUGAUGCGUAUGGUCGGAUGAAGGAAGUGCAGUAUGAGAUUUUCCGCUCACUCAUGUACUGGAUGACCGUCCAGUAUGACAACAUGGGGCGCGUUGUAAAGAAGGAAUUGAAGGUGGGCCCCUAUGCCAACACCACGCGGUACUCCUAUGAAUACGAUGCUGAUGGGCAGCUGCAGACAGUCUCCAUCAAUGACAAGCCACUCUGGAGAUACAGCUACGACCUCAAUGGGAACCUCCACUUACUGAGCCCCGGGAACAGUGCGCGGCUCACCCCACUGAGGUACGACCUCCGUGACCGCAUCACUCGGCUGGGUGACGUGCAGUACAAGAUGGACGAGGAUGGCUUCCUGAGGCAGCGGGGCAGUGACGUCUUUGAGUACAACUCAGCCGGCCUGCUCAUCAAGGCCUACAACCGGGCCGGCGGCUGGAGUGUCAGGUACCGCUAUGAUGGCCUGGGGCGCCGGGUCUCCAGCAAGAGCAGCCAAGGCCACCACCUGCAGUUCUUCUAUGCGGACCUGACCAACCCCACCAAGGUCACCCACCUCUACAACCACUCCAGCUCUGAGAUCACCUCCCUCUACUACGACCUGCAAGGGCACCUCUUUGCCAUGGAGCUGAGCAGCGGCGACGAGUUUUACAUAGCCUGUGACAACAUCGGGACCCCUCUGGCCGUCUUCAGUGGGACGGGCUUGAUGAUCAAGCAAGUCCUGUACACUGCCUAUGGGGAGAUCUACAUGGACACAAACCCCAACUUCCAGAUCAUCAUCGGCUACCAUGGUGGCCUUUACGACCCGCUCACCAAGCUCGUCCACAUGGGCCGGCGGGACUAUGAUGUGCUGGCAGGCCGCUGGACUAGCCCAGACCACGAGCUGUGGAAGCACCUUAGUGGCAGCAGCAUCAUGCCGUUUAAUCUCUACAUGUUUAAAAACAACAACCCCAUCAGCAACUCUCAGGACAUCAAGUGCUUCAUGACAGAUGUCAACAGUUGGCUCCUCACCUUUGGAUUCCAGCUGCACAAUGUGAUCCCGGGCUACCCCAAACCGGACAUGGAUGCCAUGGAACCAUCCUAUGAGCUCGUCCACACGCAGAUGAAAACUCAGGAGUGGGACAACAGCAAGUCUGUCCUCGGAGUGCAGUGUGAAGUGCAGAAGCAGCUCAAGGCCUUCGUCACCCUGGAACGCUUCGACCAGCUCUACGGCUCCACGAUCACCAGCUGCCAGCAGCCCCCAGAGACAAAGAAGUUUGCAUCGAGUGGCUCAGUCUUUGGCAAGGGGGUCAAGUUUGCCUUGAAGGACGGUCGAGUGACCACAGACAUCAUCAGCGUGGCCAACGAGGAUGGGCGGAGGGUUGCUGCCAUCCUGAACAACGCUCACUACCUGGAGAACCUGCACUUCACCAUCGACGGGGUGGACACCCACUACUUCGUGAAGCCAGGGCCCUCCGAAGGCGACCUGGCCAUCCUGGGUCUCAGUGGGGGGCGGCGGACCCUGGAGAACGGGGUCAACGUCACUGUGUCCCAGAUCAACACGAUGCUCAACGGCAGGACUAGACGCUACACAGACAUCCAGCUCCAGUACGGGGCGCUGUGCUUGAACACUCGCUACGGAACCACGGUGGACGAGGAGAAGGCACGGGUGCUGGAGCUGGCGCGGCAGAGAGCUGUGCGCCAGGCCUGGGCCCGAGAGCAGCAGAGACUGCGGGAGGGGGAGGAGGGCCUGCGGGCCUGGACAGAGGGGGAGAAGCAGCAGGCGCUGAACACGGGGCGGGUGCAAGGCUACGAUGGCUUCUUCGUGAUCUCCGUCGAGCAGUACCCAGAACUGGCAGACAGCGCCAACAACAUCCACUUCAUGAGACAGAGCGAGAUGGGCCGAAGGUGACAGAGAGGACCCCGGCCUGAACUUCUUGCCAAAGACAGCUACUCUUCUGUGGCCGCGUACCUGACUGUGUUGUACUUUAAAAAAAAAAAAAGAAUAGAAAAGACAAAAAAAAAAAGGUUGUUUUUUAAACAAGUGCAGAAAACAAACAAAAAAAGUUGCAUUGUAACUCAUGCAACAUCCUUUUUUUUAAGAAAAGAAAACCACAAAUUUGGCCUUCACACAUUUUUUGCAAAGAACAGAAGGUAUUUUUUUUCUGUAGUGUGAUCACAAUGAAAACCUUAUUGUCUUUUGUUCCCUUUUUCCCUUGAGGAUUUUUCCUUGUUGUUUGGGGUACCUCUCUCCUCUGAGACUCAUUCCCCGGGAUGUGUCCUUGUCUGUCCCUAGGUACCCAGUGUGAUGUGAGACAUGAAUGUCUGUGCUAACUUGUCUCAUGUGCAGCCCUUUUUCCGACGGGGGGUUGGGCAGGAGUGACGGGUAUGAAGAGAAACCGGUCAGAGCCAAACUUCCGAGGGGGCCUGGGAGGCGGGUCUGCAGGACUGAGGAUCUCUGGCUAGGCGUCUGCCCACCGGUGGAAGUGGCUUGUAACUUGCCGUGUUCAGUGCACCUGGAGGGCCACCGAUGGCUUCAUCUUACUCCGGGGAUUUCAUGAUGUCGUUCAGCACCUUUUUCAAGCUGCCCCAAACUCUUGUCCGAGCUUUACAUUUUGAAGCUAAAUGCACCCCCCACACCCCUUUUGCAAAUCGUGUGUAGUUGUCAAUGUCACCCCCAUGCUGGAUGGAGAAAGUGUCUCCCAGGCCCUUUCCCCAGGCUGGUGACAUAGCAUCCUGGGGCUGAGCGCCCGCCCUCCAAGAGGCAGAGGCCCCCAGGACGUCUGUGGUUGGUUGACCCUCCCAUGGUGUUCCUCAUUCAUCUCCUCCUCUCUCCCAAAGUCCAAUGUGAGAACCAGCAUGCACAGCCAGCCGUCAGCGUGGGCGCCACGCCCAGGGAGGGAAGGCCACCCAUGGCGAAGGGACGGCAGUGGUGGCCGGGAUACCAGCCUGCCUUCCUAGGGGAAACCCUUUCCGUGACUUUGGGGGUCUUCCUUCCACUGCUCAGCUGCCACCACUGAGGAAUGGGAGUGUGUAGGAGUGUGGUGCUUGGUGGCCUUUGAUUCUGGAAAGAUGCUUAACAGAAAGUCAGCCAAAGAGAGAAAGGCAUGAGCCGAGUAUGCUUCUAAGCGGCUCCCAGGCUCCUCUGCCCUGCCAUCCACGGGCUAAUUGCAGAGUCGGGAGGAAGCUGGAUGGGCUUUCAAGAGAUUUCCUUCAGUGAAGUUCUUCUAAAACUGCUUCCUCUCUAAAGAAGCCCAACCAGGGUUUUAAAGAAAGACUAAGGAGAAAGGAGGAAAGAACUCAUUUGGUGCAGCUUGGCAGUGUCUUGCAACCCCACCAGGAUUGGGGGACGCUCAUCCUAGUACCCAUGGAUCCCGGAAGCCAGGCUCCAUGUCCCCUGAAGACCCAGGCCUGAGGUCACCGGGAAGAGGCUUAAGCCCCCCCAGGAGUGGUACUGCCCACACCCGUGGGAUGCCCUGGCCCAGAUGGCAGCCCACAGGCCAGAGGAAGCCUUGCGGGAGGGAGAGUAGCAGCAAGAGCUAGCUCCUUGCUACUGUCUCAUCUGCCCAAUUACAUUUCGUUACCACUCGCAGAGGCUCUGGGAGACCAGGAGGGGAAACCAAAUGCUUCUUUUUGAGCUGGGCUUCUUAAAAAAUGGGACUUUUAUGGGUUGCAUUUACAUUAAGUGUGGAAAAUGAAUUCCGAGUCUGAGCUAUUCCCCGUGGAAACCUUGUUGGACUGAUAAGCUCAUGGCACCUUUAUAGCCUUACUCACAGAGUCUUCAGAAUAUUACCUGAGUUAAUGAAACCAAGAAGGUCUCUUACUGCAUGAGAAUCGGAGCAGUGUGUGGUCUGGGUUCUGCCUGGCAGAGGGAGAAAAGGUUUCGCCUUACGUCAUCCCACUGGGAUUAGAGGAUGUGUUUCGCUAAGUGCUCUUCCUGUUUCCACAAAAGUCACCCUGCUGCGACAGUGAGCCUCGCCUGCUCGUCCACGGGCUGCCCACUGCCUCCCGGCGCAGAGAUCCACUGAGUCAGUGCAGCACCCUCGGGCCCACCAUGCAUGGCAGGAGCUGGCAGUGGGCUCCCAUCGGCAGGAUCUUCUCGGAUGGGAUGGAAAACGGUUUGGCCUGAAGAAACAAGUUUUUCACCCAAAACGGACUUAUCGAUAUGUACUCUUGAUAGAAGGGCAAAGCUCUCCUGUCCAUGGACCUAGCUCAUUGGUCCCACCCUGGCUGCCCGACAUGAGUCACAGCUUCCAGGGAAAAUGUCCUUAGAAGUCAGAGACCGCAUGAGGGCCACAGGAAACAUCCGCCUCCACCUCCUGAGCCCUCUGUCCCUCCUCCACCACCCCCACCAAAGUAACAAUGUGAACUUCUAAAAGUCAAAAACAGAAUGAUUGAGCAUUCCUUUUCUUUAAACAAAUAAUAUUAUAUAUAUUUUUCCUGGGCUACAUACCACCAGGGAGGCCCAGCUUCGGUGCAGGGAGAAGCUGAGCAUCCCCAAGCUUUAGAGAAAGGGUCUUGGGUGUGGUCUGGCUUCUGCCUGGCAGUGGGUGCUGCUGCUCUGAGAGACGGUGCUGCAGUGUGGCCCUAGUAAGCUGGCUUCCGUGCAUGCCUCCAUGCUCAGUCUGUCUCCUGCUGACACCACAGUCCAGUAUCACAGUAAUAGUGAAUCUGAGGCAUAAGCCAGAGUUCCCUGGACCUGCUUAGUGGCAUCCAGGCUGCAAAUCCCAUCCCUGAAGGUACCUGUUUGGCACUAACCCACCAACUUGUCUUCAGACCUUGGAACAAGUAGUCCUUUCUCAUUGGUUCACAGUUCUGCAGGAUGUCAGCCUCUGAUCCAAAAUAAUGGUUUAUUUUAGAAUAAUUCCUGCUUCUCCACUCCCCUCCACAGCUGCCACCAGCCCCUCAUCCUCUGCCCAUGUGCCAUCAACUAAAAUAGGACUUCAAUGUCUCCUUGACUUUGCCUCUUAGAAGAUGAGGUUUCCUUCUACCUAUCCCCACAUAGACCUUGUUGGAGGGCAGAGCGAUGAUAAUGGGAGGGAAAAGAGGCAGUCCAUGGUAAUUUACACCUGUCUCAGCUUGAGCAGAAUGGUUGGCUGAGCGUUAGCCCACGGAACAGACCAGCACCUGCUUUCUACGUAGAAAUGGAAGAUUUGAAGCAAUUCCUGAGGAGAUGAGCAGAGGUUGAGAAGGGCCAGGGUGUAUGCUUUUAAUGCACCAGGAUGGGGUGGACCUGGAAGCAGAUAAUGGUGAGGCAAGGAAGGUGAGUAUGACCAGGCAGUGUUUUCACAGAUAUAUAACCAGGAAUCAGGUCUAUUUUUGUAAACGAGAAUAAAGAACCUUUUCAGCUGUGACUUUUAAGUACCAUCUUGUUAGAUAGCUGGGCUGCUCGUUGUGCAAAGGCAAGGCUUGGGAUGGACCAGCUUAGAAGGCAGUCUCACCACCUGCAGCCUUGCAUUUGCACCUGCCAUGUGGUAAGGGCAGUGAGCUUUGUGCCCCGAAGGAAGGCACAUGCCUCAGCAGGUCCCAGGUUUUGGGGGUCUGCCUUCCCGGUCCUCAAAGUCAAAUCCACCCUCCACUUCUCACAGGGCCGCCAACUGCUGGAUCCCAGGAGGAACCCAGUCUGUCUUUUCCCUUGGGGUCCUCGUUAGGACUGAGAGCCUUCCAUUGAAGGCUCAUCAUCCCCAGCUAGGUUUAUACACUUGUCUAUAUUUUAUUGGAAAGGAGGGGAUUCAAAAAAAGAACUCUAGUUCAAGGCCCUUCCAUUUAACCUUCAAAUAACAGCAAACUCAUUUUAAAGACUCAUUGCUCAGGUGAUAGAAACUUUAUCCUCUCCAACCUUUACAUUCUCAAAAACCAGCCUUGUGUACUUGAUCGCCCCAGACAGCAGUGAGCUCUUAGGUUUGACAUGCAAUGUGGAAGAUCAGAUUGAGGGGAAGCCCAGGUUGGGCCGAUGCUGUGUUUCUCACCCCCUCUGGAAUGCCAAAGGCAACUAGCUGGGAGGCCUCGUGGUCCCCAAGAAAAUGUGAUCGAUCCUGAGAGCAAACUGCCGAGGGAAGCCAACCUUUGGGCAGGCUCAGCUGUCCUGGCAGAAGCUGAGUCGCAGGUGCCUGGCCACGCCCGGCAACCUGGGUUCACCCACCGCCAGAAUCCCACUUUUCUAAACCUGCCUGUUCUUGAAGACUUCUGAACCUGCAGCUUCGGCAAAAGGACUCUCCCAAGCUGCCUCUGGAUGACCAACACUGGAGACUCUGGCCUUACCAUGUGGAAAUAGUUUUCCUGAAGUCUGGAACUAAUUUUGAGAAGUUUUUUUCUCAACACUUUUGUGUUUCUAACACUGUAUUCUUGACUGUGUAAAUAUCGACAAGGCUGUAAAUAAAUGCAGAUGUAGAUACCUUCUAGAAAAAAAAAAGGCAUAAAAACAAAACCAGAAGUGAUCCUGUGUAGCCUUCGUUGAUAAAUAAAAGAAUAUUUUGUGUUUAAAGGUGUCUGGUGACCUUUAUCUGCAGACUGGUGCCUGCCUCUUGCCUGUCCCAGCCCUCAAGCAGUCCUCUGAGUUUGCUCUUUGAAAUGUUGACUGUUCUUAGGAUGAUCUCCAGACAACUCAGAUCUUAGGCCAGGAUCUUAGGCCAUAAAGUCCCUCUUAAGUUUUCCAGGUGAUAGCUGUCAUGGAAAGGCAUUUCCAGAGGCCACAAAGGCCCAAGGGCUUAACCUCAGGCUGGAUGAGGUACCUGGAAAGGCGACUCUGACAUCAGCUAUGCCCCACAGCGUCCCCAAGCCACAGGCCCCACUGUUGUCAAUGCUGGCCUUGGACAGAAACCGCAA